CGCUUAAGUCGUCGCUUGGCACGACGGGGUACAGCUAACACCAAGCAGCCUGUGAUCCCCAUAAUAAAUGCCAUUGCAUCUGUACGUGCCAUGCGUGUGUCCCACACCCCUGCUCCCAGUAAAACAGAUGCAAGGAAGGAGUACGCGAUGUUGGACGUGCAUCUUCUGCAACUAAAGGGACCGGUGGAAUUCGUUUGAAAAUCCAGACGUGCAUCACUCCGUUUAAAAAAGUGCUCAUGGAUCCAGGCGGAAGAGAACUGGAAUCAAGUUUACCUCUGCACGAGAACCCGUGCCUGAUCGUGGAAGACUCCCAGCCCGACGGUGUUGCCCUAGAGGACGACCCAGAAAGCAGCUACCGUGCUCUGCUGUCCCGCAGACUGUCCCACCUGCAGCCCGCGGCCCACAGUCCUGUUCUGGAACUGAUCGCUUCACCGGCAGGAAGCAGAUGCUCUCAGACAACCGACAGCCAAUCAGAGGUAGCCCCGAGCAAUUGUGGUCCAGCCCUCGAAGAGGAGAGUCAAGUCAUUAACAUCUGCCCUCUUCCAAACAAGGCAAAGUGUCCGUCAGUGGUCGUCAACAUGGACUCUGGGGCUGAUUCCACCACCCACUGCCCUCAGCCCGAAGAGGGGCAGUCUCAGUUUGCUGGUCUGGAGCUCUCUGAGAGCCAGGGCCCGGGAGCUGGGGGGAGAGACAGUCAGCAGCAGGACAAGGAGGCGGUCCUUUCUCAGACAGAGCAGGAGAGGCACAGCCAGCAAGCGGACCAAAAGAUAGGCACGGGGGGUUCGGCAGAUCAAGACCUCAAAUCAGCACGGUCGGAGGUGAGCUCCAGCAGCUCAUCGGAGCCCUGUGGACAGACGGACCGAGCGCUGAGAGCCCAGGCUCUGCUCCACUCCCAGGGCCGGUCGGUUACUGGUUCCCAUGGCGACGAUGAGUCGUCGCAAGAGGACAUGUUUGAUGCUGAGAAGACGGGGACCGCGGUAGACAGCACCGUGGCGGACAACCAGACGCAUCCCACCCUGACGCCCGCCCACACUCUGGGGCUGUUGCAUUUCUCUGGCCAGGGCACCCUGGUGCAGGAGACCUUGUCCCAGAACUCCACGGACUGCGUUGCGCCCACGCCGGACCACUUCAGCCAAGCUCCUCUCAUCGUCCCCAACUCUCCGACCAACCCAGAGUGCAACAUGGAUGCAGACGAGCCAAUGGAUACGUCUCAGCCUCCAGAGGACCAAUCGAUGGAGAGGGAGGGCGGGCCCUCGCAGAUAGCAGCCUUCUCCAAGCCCCUGCCCAAAGCCUCCACGCCUCUGUCCCAGAAUUCCCCCAGUUUUGUUUUGGAUAGGACCCUGUCGAUGCCGUCCCAGCCGGAAUUCUCUCACGAUGUGUUCGCCCCUACGCCCAGUCCGGAGGGCGGGAGCUGCUCCGCCGUCGCGGCGUCUCAGGAACCACAAGGCGCCGCCAAGGCCGCCCCUCCGUCCCCCUCUCUGCCCCGCGACAAGCCCCCCCCGGCCCCGGAGCCGCCCGCCUUCACGCUGGCCCUGCAGCUCACGGUGAACACGCAGAGCGCCGUGGACCAGCCGCCGCCGCCGCCGCCGCCGGAGGAGGAAGAGGAGGAGGAGGAGGACAGCCAGGCCACGCAGAUCGAGGAGCCGCUCUGCGUGGACGAGUCCCAGUCCGUCCGCUGCAGUCAGGGAAGCGACCACGGCGCCGCUGCGUCCUCCCAGCGCAAAGCCGCCGUCACCGCCACCGCCGCCGCCGGUCCCGACGUCGUCCCCGCCGGGUCUCAAAGGCGGAGCCUCGAUCGAGCGGCCGGCGAGGACGACUCCCGUCCCUCGCGGAAGUCCGACGCUCCGGCGAGGGCGGCGGUGGGGAGCGUGAAUGUAGCCGAGGGCGGCCGCGGGACCAAAGAGGAGAGCGGGCCUCGCCCUCGGCCGGCGGCGGACUCCGGGGCGGCCGCCGGGCGGCCCCUGAACGCCACGCCUCGUACCGUGUCCGCCCAGCCCGCGCUGCCUCAGGCGGCCGACGGUGUGAAUGUAGCGAAGGGUCCAGGGAACGCCGCAGAGCCAAGGGCAGCCGCCGCUGUGAAGACUCCUCCCCUGCCGUCGAGCCGGCAGGACGGGGCCCCCAGCAACAACCGGCAAAAUAACAGAGAGACCCUCAGUGGUGGUGGUGAGGAGGAGGAGGAGGAGGAAGAGUCGAUGGAGGAAGAGGAGGUCACCAUCGGGCGGGACGGCUCGGCGCUGGGCCUGGCGCUCUCCCAGAGCCAGCUGCCCUCCCCUGAGCCAAUGGAGGAGGAGGAGGAGAGUCGGGGCGGGAAAGACGAAGGUGUCACUGAUGGCCUCCAGAAGUUGAGUGAAAGACAUUCCCAGGCGUCGCAGCAGUCCAAGAGCGCGGGCUCCCAGCCCGCCUGCAGCAAAGUCUCCACCAAUGGCCACAGGGUGCAUCCUCAGACCAACGACUCGCAGGUGACUCCUGAUAGGCUGUCCCAGAAGGAUAGGGCGGGGCCUGAGGCAGACGGCCCCAAAGACAAGAGCUUGAGUGACAGCUCUGGAGAAAUUCCAUUCAACUUCACCCUUCCUAAAGAGGGGGAUCUGAUUGGACCAGCUGUUGUAGCCACUCCCCCUCUGGUCAACCAGCUGAAGCAGACGCCUCGACACAGCACUCCCAUUGAGAUCAACUCGUUUUCAGAGAAGCCCCCCGCGGUGGGCGACGUCUCCGCGGCGACCAGCGACAUCGUGGCCGAGGAGAGCGGGGAGGAGGGGCCGGAGAAGGAGGGGGGCAAGCUGAGUCUGCGGAUGAGGCUGGUGACCCCGGUGGAGGAGGGCAGCUCGGAGCGCUUCAGCCUGCAGAAGCCCUCACUAUCGGAAGAGGACGCAUCUGUCGUCACGGUUACCACUGUUGCCAAGGCCGUUGCCAGCUCGUCCGUGUUCAGUCGCGUCAGACAGGUCCACAGGCAGGUGGGGGCGACGGAGGAGGAGGCUCGCCUCACCACCACCACCACCACCCCCUCCACCAGGUCUGACAUCCUUACCUCCCAACUGAGGAGCUCCCAGUCCUCUUCACUGGGCUGCAACAGCCUCCCCAACAGCCAAUCAGAGCCGUCCUCGUGCCCGAGUCAGGAAGCGCUGGCCGACCCGCUGGCCAGAGCGGACACCGACCCCAAGGCGGGCGGUGUCGCAGCAGCCGGGGAGGGCCCCGGCCACACCCCGGGGCCCUCCACGCCGCACCGGCCGGGGGCCGCGCUCAGGACCGCCGGAACCCCGCAGAGCCGCUUCGACAACGCCGCCUUCCGCACUCCGUCCAGCAAGAGGACGAUCUCUCAGCAGACCAGCUUCGACGGACCACUCCUUCGCUCCCCUACGGGCAGGUCCUACGCGGAGUCCCCCCCCUUCCAACGGGCCGCGGCCCCCUCCCACCGCAGACACGUGCGCACCACCCAGGAAGUGCGGACCACCGUCACCCGCAUCAUCACAGACGUGUACUACGAGGACGGCAAGGAGGUGGAUCGCAAGGUCACCGAGGAGAACGAGGAGCCCGUGGUGGACUGCCAGGUGCUGGACAGCGACCUCUCCCCCUGCCGCACGGUCAGCUCCAUGACGUCGGGGGACCUGGGCGACGUCAGCUCCCUGUCCUCUAAGCUCUCGGGGGGCACCACGGGCAGCGGCGGCACCUUCGCCAUGCCCCCCAGCAGGGGUGGCCGGGCCUCCAGCCCCAGAAGGGGAGGCGGGCCACGGCCCCGGGGCCAGAGGGGUCAGAGGGCGGGGUCGGCUGCACAGAGGGACCGCGGCGAAGGCCCUCCGCUGGCCCCAGCCCUGGUCCCGCUACCCUCCAGAGGAAGGGCGAGGAGGGGCCGGCCACCGUCCCGCGCCUCCCUGACCAGGGGAGCGGCGUGGAGCGCCAUGCAGAGGGUGUCCGGCGCCGGGCCGCCGGGACAGCAUCAGCUCUCGUCUUCGGAGGAGGAGCCGCCGCCGGCCUUCGCCCGCGUGCGCCUCCCCGUCAGCCCCCCGGACGCCGCGCCGCCCAGCCUCUCGGACUCGCUGCGGUCGUCCCCCGAGCUGGCCGGCUCGGCGGGCGGCGGCAGCAGCUUUGUGGGGCUGCGCGUGGUCGCCAAGUGGUCGUCCAACGCCUACUUCUACCCGGGCCGCAUCACCAAGGACGCGGGCGAGGGGCGCUUCGGCCUGCGCUUCGACGACGGCUACGAGUGCGAGGUGUCGGGCGGCGACAUCCUGCUGUGCGACCCCGUGCCCGCGGGCACGGAGGUGACGGCGCUGCUGGAGGAGGAGUACUUCAGCGUGGGCGUGGUGAAGGGCCACAAGACAGAGGGCCAGGAGCUGUACUACAGCGUGGAGCGCGAGGGCCAGAGCCAGUGGCACAGCCGCAGCUCGGUCAUCCUGUCCCUGGAGCAGGGCAACCGGCUGAGGGAGCAGCACAGCCUGGGGCCCUACGAGCCCGCCAGCCCGCUGGCCAAGGCCUCCGACAUCAGCCUGGACAACCUGGUGGAGGGGAAGAGGAGGCGCAGGGGCGGCGCCGGGGGCCAGGGGACCCCCACGGCCAUCUCCUCCGGCAACCCCCACACCCCGGGGCCCUCCGGGAAGAGGAAGCUGAUGAGCUCCACGGAGGAGAGGACCCCCGCCAAGAGGGGGCGCCGCGGUGGCGGGGGGGGCAGAGCGGCUCAGCGCCUCGGCGUGUGCAACACGUCGGGCAGCGGCACGGACCUGCCGGUGGGCUCCGGGGACAUGGAGGGGACGCACGGGCCCCUGCCCCAGAACGCCUCUCUCUUCCUGGGCUUCGCCUUCAUGCUGACCGCCUCCUCCGAGACGGACCGCCUCACCAACAAGCUUGCAGGCAACGACGAAGGUGAGUGGGUGCAGACGGCUCCAUAUAACAAAGGCUACACGGAGUCUCAGCUGCAGGCAGGGGGAGGUUUCGUCCUCCUGGACUUCAACGAAGAACAGUGCAAGGCGGCCUACCAGAGCCUGCUGAUCGCUGACCAGCACUGCCGCACCAGGAAGUACCUGCUGUGCGUGGCCAGCGGCGUGCCCUGCGUCUCGCACAUCUGGGUGCGCGACUGCUGCAAGGACAACAAGCUGCUGAACUACAGGAACUACCUGCUGCCGGCUGGUGUGGGCCCCGACGAACAGAUCGUGGAAUGGCACCCGCGCUGCAAGCCCUUCGAGGCCCUGAAGGUGCUGCUGGUGUUCGGGGAGUCGGAGGAGCUGUGGGUCCAGCUGCUCACCCUUAGUGGAGCCCUGACCGCCCGACACUACCAGGCCGAGAAGGACGGCUCCGACAUCCCUGCGGGCAAAUUCGAUGUGGUGGUGACGGACGGAGACUGCCCCCUGCCGGUGGAGAAGAGCGCUGCGUCCCAGAAGCUGCCGCUGGUGUCUCCCGAGUGGCUCAUCCAGAGCCUGAUCUGCGGCGAGCGGCUGGGCUACCGCGGCAAGCCCCAGUAUCAACAUGACUACUCGUCGUCAACGACAACAACAUUGUCGUCGUCCACCUCAUCGUAAUGACCCGUUGAGGGGUGGGGGGGGGGGGGGUAGAUGCCUUUUAAUCGCGGUGAAUGUUUAGUAAUUGUUUCGAUGCUUGCAUGCCUCUGUUGUAUAUAAUUUUAAUCUGUCGGUUUUUAUGAAAUAAAAGAAAACGAGACGGUUUCA